GAUUAUUUAGCAUCUAUUCACUAGUUCUCAAAGUUCUAAAUAUAAUAAUCUCAUUUGUAAUAACGUAAAUUUUAAAUUACUAAAAGUGUGAGAAAAAUAUUACAAUAUGUAAGUCAAGUUAAUUUUGAAAUGUAUUGAUAUAUACGUAUACAAAGGUUCUACACUGUAAAUUGAAACAACGAUAGCUACCAUCUAUAUACAUGGACAGCAAGUGCCAUGGAAGUAUCCAUCUUAAACAUCCGACUUAUUUAUUUUGGUUAGUGUUUGUUUUCGGAAAUUUUUUGAUUAAUUUUACCGUGGUUUGUGUUUUCGUUUUAUAUUUAUAUAGGUAUGCAUUAAAAUCAAUUAGAAUAGGGACUUGAGUGUUAAAACAUUAGUAAUUAGAACUCAAACAGAAUUAUUAGUUAUGUAGGUGCUAAAAAUAAAUCUUUAAGGAUCACUUAUUUACGGUUACUAGUAUAAAAGUUGAGAAAUGCAGAUUUCACUGUCAGUAAAAUUCGAUAUCUUCCCAAGAGCAACAUGAAGUAUUCCAUUAUUUGGAUAACGUGGUUGUCCAUAUGGGCAGUACACGCUCAGAACACAACAAACUUGUUAUCCAAAACAAAAAGAAACUUGUCUAGAGAUGUCCAAUCUUACGGAGAGUCCGGUUUGGUUUUGCCAUACAACGACAAUCCGAAAGUUUACUACGAGCCGAAGCAGGUGAACACAUAUCAAGUAAGACCUCUGGCAUUAGUAGAUCUCAGUCAACCAGUUAAAGUGAUUGAACCGAAAGUAGCAGCUCAGCAAGUUUUAUACGAAUUUCAACAAACUCCAACUGAUGCAGUAUCAAAUGUACACGUGAAACAGCUGUUUGAACAGGAUAUGAAACCGCCACCACAAAAUAACCCUCCGAACUUAAUAACUUCUGAAACUGUACAACCAGCAGUACAUCACGGUCAAUAUAUACAAAAUACUGCUCCUCCAUCUUUUAAUCCCAAGCAACAUCCGCUUUACGGUGUACAACCAACGUUUGUUGAACCAAAGAAAUACGUUUAUGGUAAAAUUAUUGUGGAUUCUACUUUACCCCAACAACAAAAUUUUCAUCAUCAUUCUAGUCCGAACGUGUUUUAUUCUAACCAUCCCUUUUCGCCGCAAGCUUCACACGGGAGACCUAUUCUUAAUUACGUCAAUCAUUUUCCAAGGAAUACUAUAAUUGUACCAACAACCGAAGCUCCACAUAUUCCUCUCCAAAAUAAUAAAUUCAAACCACCUCCAAGAGCUCAGUACCAGCCAAUUGACAAACCAACUAGAGUCAAACCUGAAACAAAACCGAAACACAUUGAGAAACCAGUAGUAGAAAAUGAAGAAGCCGAAGAAGACGAACACGAAGAAAGGACUAACAAUAGGGAAGAGGAAGAAGAAGAACGCGAUGAAUACGAAUCAUCUCCUUUUGAAAAGUAUUUUGAUGAUGAAGAUAAUUCCGAAUACAGGAAUCAAGAAAAUUCUGAAGAUGACGAUGAAGUGGAAGAAGAUCCUAAACGUGGAUCUUCUAAAUAUAUAUCGAAGAGGGAAAAGUUUCCAAAGAAAUACAAAAUGAUGAAAAGUUAUUACAAAUACAGCAGCGGUCCAGAUGAUAGACACUACAAAAAUGAGGGAAGGAAACACAAAUCUAACAAGAACAAAAAUAAUAAAAAAUCCAAAUCACCGCCGCUCGAAUUGGAAGCAAAAUAUUCCGAACAUGUACCUGUUACUCACAAAAAGAAGAUCUUAAAAGAAAAAUGGUACAUUUCGAAAAGUUUAGCCGAUAAAGAAAGAUACGAUCACGAGUCUUAAGAUAUUGGAUUGAUCUAAAAUAUGCGACCCUAAAUAAGGUAUUGAUGUACAUAACAAAAACUUAACACGUAAACUUCCAUUACCUGUCAAAGUUGUUCGUUAUUAUUGAUUAACCUAAUUGUAGAUUAAACUGGUUGUUGUAUUAUCUAAAUAUGGUGUUAUAAACCAAAUAUUAUUUAUUUUUUUUAUACCAAAUGUUUUUACUUUAUGUAUAUUUGUAUAUUAUCUUUGUUAAUAAAAAUACGAACUUACCUA